AUCGUCUGCCGACAACAUCAACUCCGGUUGUGCGAAACUUUCCAAUAACAACGCCAAUAGAUACGCGGUUCUGGUAGUCUGUGCAUUACGUGACUGUGCUGUGGUGCUAUACUAUUCAUCGGGCUUUUACUCGCUACGAUAUUCGAGUGAUUGUUGUGUUGUGAAGCAUCAGCAUCUGCUAUGCCCAAAAACAGUGCAUAACAUUGCGUGUGAAUACGUAAAUCGUAAGGUAACGCCGCCGUGGCCUGCGGUAGGGACUAGUUUACGCAGAACUCUGCUUAGAUUAACCGUGUUUCGAUGAUGAAUAAUAACGGAUUCAGUACGGGAGAGGAAGACUCCCGGGGGCCAGUGGACCAGAUAUGUUGCCUGCUGGACGAUGGCGAGCGAUGCCGGAAACAGGCGGGCAACGCGUCCUACAGCAAGCGCAUCCAGAAGACGGUCACCCAGCGAAGGUUAAAAUUAAGCAUCGAUAGCCACGCACGUCACAUAUACAUCUGCGACUUUCACAAAGCACGUAUACAAUGCGCUCGUACGAAACGACGCCGGCGUGAUUCGGAGGACGAUAGCAACGAGACGGACACCGAUCUUCCGGAAGUGGACCUGUACCAGCUGCAAGUGAACACACUGCGGAGGUACAAACGUUUCUACAAAGUGUCGACACGGCCAGGCAUCAACAAAGCACAGCUAUCAGAGACAAUUAUGAAGCAUUUCAAGACGAUCCCGAUAAAGGAGAAGGAAAUUCUCACAUACUUUAUUUAUAUGGUAAAAUCUAACUCCAACAAGCUGGACCAAAAGAACAACGCGAACGCGGAGGCGUAGAGAAGGUGUGUCUAGAGUUUGCAGUCCCUGUCCCGUCGCCCCGUGGAUGUUGGCAUUUUGCGAAAUCGAUCGUAAUUAACCCAUUAAGCCAUACCGUGUACAAAAUGAGCGAAUCUGGUCCGACCGACGGAACUGCCCCGACCGUGUACCAAUCAUCUUGUUGUUUUGAUAGUUUUAUUUUGAUAUGUUCUUCACUUUGCUUUCAUUUAAAGUUCUUUUACGUUCUAUCCACAUUUUGAUUGUUAGCACGAAAUGAAUCAAGUGUUGCUCGCGACAACACCCGGAUUAAGGAUUUUAUUUUGCAAAUGGGCAUCUUAAAUGCAAGAAGGAGGAUAAUGAUUAAAGUUUAUUAAAGUAUUCAACUUCCAUCUUUCCGGCGUAAGAUUCGAUAACAUUUACCAGUUCAAGAAGUAAAAAGUAAUAUUUUUCCACAUAUAUGUUCGACUAAAUAUUGUUGCUGUGCAAUAUUUUGGAUACAUGAAAAUAUUUUUUUAUGUUCAUUAAAAUAGUGUUUCAAAAGUGUU